UGUGGCAGGUUGCAGCCUCCCGUGUCCCGUUCGAGGGAGCGCUUCUCUGGGAUGUGGGGAAGGCCGGGUCUGGGGGCUGAGUCGCUAGUAGGGCAUCGUCCCAUAGAGCAGGAGAGAGCAUUGCCAGCUGGGACGAUCUGGACUCACUGGCCGGAGAAAGAGGAGCUUUUGCCUGCCCCUGCCCCCACCCCCAAUAGAGAAAAAGAGAGAACCUGCAACUCCAUGACUCCCCUCUGAUAAGACAAACAUCUAUAUCAAUAUCUGUAUCUAUAUCUAUAUAUCUAGAGAGAGAGAGAGAGAGAGAGAGAGGAGGAAAGGGGGCUGCAUCCUAUCUGAAAAGGCUGCUGGUUGCAGACCCUCCUGCCUGACACUGUGGAAGGAUUUUUACUGAAUUCAUCAGUGGGCAAAGGUUUCUGCACAAGUGUCAGCCUCAGUUAUUCUGAUUUUUUUCCACCUUGUCACCAAGAUUGAGAGCUCAAGGCUUACUGUGUUUGUGAAUUAUCUGCUUGUCUAGAAAUUGUAACUGAAGAUGGCUCAAUGGCCUUGUGAGAUUUAUCCAGAAUCCUUUAAUGAUAUUCAGACCCAAGGCACGCAAGUAGCUUUGUAGAGACAGGAGAAUUUUUGCUCUGUUUCAAACUGAGAAAACGAACAUGCAAAGGUCAGUAGGAGCAGAGGUAGCAAAAGGCUCCGAUCCCAGGCACACUGAGAACAGAGGGGACUUCUGGGGAAGAACCGGGCAGAAGAUCUUCCCUGAAGGAGCCAUCUGUCCAGGUGUUCAGUGCUGGUACUUCCGGAGAUUCUGCUACCAGGAGACCAAGGGGCCCCGGGAGGUUUGCAGCCAACUCCACCAGCUGUGCCAUCAGUGGCUGCAGCCAGAAAGGAGCACGAAAGCUGAGAUGCUGGACCUGCUGGUCCUGGAACAGUUCCUGUCCCUCCUGCCUGCGGAGAUGGAGAGCUGGGUCAGGGAAUGCGGAGCAGAGACCUGUUCCCAGGCGGUGGCCCUGGCUGAGGGCUUCCUCCUGAGCCAAGCAGUGAGUGAAGAGCUGGGAAAGAAGCAGGUGGUGCAGGAGCCAUUGAUGGAAGCGGUCUCAGAGCAUCCUAAAGGAAGAGAUCUGUCAAAUCCCUUUCAGGAGCUGUGCUUUGGGAUGAUCUCCCAGGAGGAUCCAACUCAAAUCAUCUCAUCCUGGAACAGAAAGGCGGUGAUGGAAAUCACUGAAAUGUCUUCUCUUUGUUGUGGAGCAAAAACAGCAGCUCUGCCUCCAGAUCAGGGCUCCAUCUCCUUUGAGGAGGUGGCGGUGUAUUUCACGGAGGAGGAGUGGGCACUGCUGGAUUGUGGCCAAAGAGCCUUAUGCAGGGAAGUCAUGCUGGAGAAUUCCAGGAAUGUAGCCACUCUGGCUGGUGAUGAAGAGGAGAAUGAGGAUUACAAGGAGCCAUUACAGAGAACCAAGCAUGUAGUAGGAGGAGAGAUGUGUGGAAAUCAAGGGGGACAAAAAACCCAAGAGAGAAGCCAGUCAAGGAAAGGAAAGGAAAAGUCCUCUAUUUCUCUCUUUGCAGAAAUCCAUGACUUCUUAACCCAACAAGAUCACAAAGGAAAAAGGAAGAGGAAAUAUCCAGAGUACAGCGAAACAGACAAAUUCAAUUUAAUUAGACAACACAGAACCUACACAAAAGAAAGAAAACAUGAAUUCAGAGAGCAUGGAGAAAGUAGUGGUCAUAACUUCCCUCUUUCAUUACAUCAAAGCAUAUACAUGAAACAGAAAUUAUAUACACUUAUUAGAGGUGGGAAAAAUUUUAGUUUGAGUCAUCACCUUACUUCUCAAAAAGAGAAUCACAGAGAGGAGAAAUUAUAUAACUGCUUUGAGUGUAGAAAGGGUUUCAGUAAGAGACUGUUGCUUAUUUUACAUCAAAAAAUCCACACAAGGGAGAAAACACACAGAUGCAUGGACUGCGGAAGGAAUUUCAGGCGCAACAGUCAUCUUCAUUCCCAUAAAAGGAUCCACACGGGGGACAAACCAUACAAAUGCACCGAGUGUGGAAAGAGAUUCAGUGAGAGCAGUUACCUCAAUUCUCAUAAAAGGAUCCACACCGGAGAGAAACCAUAUAAAUGCAUGAAGUGUGGAAAGACCUUUAGGCACAACAGUAGCUUCAAUUCCCAUAAAAGGAUCCAUACAGGGGAAAAGCCAUAUGAAUGUCUGGAGUGUGGAAAAAGUUUCAGUCGGAGCAGUAACUUUAAUAAGCAUAAACAAAUCCACACAAGGGAAAGCAAAUAUAAAUGCAUGGUGUGUGGAAAGAGGUUUAAUAGGAGUAGUAGUCUUACGAAACAUGCAACAAUUCACACAGGGGAGAAACCCUAUAAAUGCUUGGAGUGUGGAAAGAGUUUUAGUCACAACAGUAGCCUUACUUCCCAUAAAAGGAUACACACAGGAGAGAGAGCAUAUAAAUGCCUAGAGUGUGGAAAAAACUUCAGUAGGAGCAGUUCUCUUAUGAAACAUAAAAUGAUCCACACAGGAGAGAAACUGUAUAAGUGCCUGGAAUGUGGGAAGAGAUUCACAAUUAGAAAAUGACAAUGUGGGGAAAAAUUUUCAAGACCAUUCCCUAUCUGAAGCUUGAGAAUGGCAGGAGAUAUGGUUGGGAAGUACCUAUUUACUUGAAGUUGAGUCUAAAGCUAAAUUAAUUGCAUACUAGAGUUCUGAUGUCAAUAUCUGAUAAUCUGGACAAAACUUUAUGUACUAUGUCUGAGUAAUGCCAGAGAAAAAAUAAAGUGUCAGGUUACUGGAGGAGGCAAAUGUCUCUACCUGGAAAAGAGGAACAGCCAGGGAACCAUAGAUUACUUUGACAUUGAUGCCUCGGUAAAUUUUGGAGCAGAUCAGAAAGUGGUUAAUCAACAAUGCGGUGAUUAGUAAAGAAAUCAACCUGGAUUUGUCAAGAACAACAACUGUCAGACAAGCAUUAUUUUACAUUUUAUUUUAUCUUUAGUAGAUGGUGGAAUGCUGUGGAUAUAAUAUAUCUUAAUUUCUGCAAAGCAUUUGACAAAGUAUCUCCUGACAUUCUGCUGAGCUAGCUAUCAAGCAUGGGCUGGAUCCUGUGGCUUGAAAGAAUGCUCACCGUCCAAUGAGUGAGAUACCAGGUGUUUGCCACUGGAUUUGAUUCUGGCCUAGGAAACAUCAAAGGCUAGGAUGAAGUAGGAAUGCUUAGCAACAUUUGCAGAUGACCCAAAAAUGCCUGGGCUAGCCACUCUAGAACAUAAAAACAAAUUCAAUAUUGUAUGGAUAGGGUUGAGAAGUGAGCUUGGUAAUAAUACUUGAGAAAAGAUCUAAAAGUAGUCAUUGAUUGCAACUGACUAUGCAUCUGUGAUUUGAUGAAGCUGCCCAAAAGGAAAUUGCAGUUUUAGUCUAUAUCAAAUAAAUACUAUUUCUGAAUCAAGAAGAAGUAAUUGGUCCACUAUAUUAAUUAGAUCUUACCUUGACUAUUGUGCCCAGAUCUAAGUGCUACAUUUUUAGAAAGGUUCAAAGAAACUGGAGGAGAUAGGCUUUGAGGAUUAUCAAGAACCUAAAGACUAAAUCCCAUGGAGAGAGAUUGAAGCAACAUUGUGUGUUUAGCUGUGUGAAAAUAUGAAUGAGGAGGGAUGUGAUAAUAUUUUUCAAGUUUUUGAAGAAAUGUCACAUGGAAAGUCAAGAUGCAGUCUUUGCUGUUGCAGAACACAAGACGCAGAAUAAUGGCAGAAUGCAGCUAUUAGGAAAACAAAAAAGUGAGAUUAUUUACCAAGGAAAAUUCAGAUGUUCAAGCCAAAGCAAGACAUCCACAUUUUGGAGCAUACUGAAUGUGGAUUCCUGCCUAAAGCUGGACUUGAACUUGGGGGCCUCAUGGCCCCUUUAUGAUUCUCUUGAAUGUUUUUCUUGUCAGGUUCGGUCAGCACGAGGCUUCAGGGAAGCACGGGGCUGCAGGGAAGCUCG